ACAGCCCGAACCUGGGCUGAAGAGUCUGCCGCCGCCGCCCGCAAUGCAUCUAUCUACCUCUCCAAAGCCGCUGCUCGGCUGAAUACGGCCGACAUUGAGCUGGAUGAUCUGCACAUCCCCGCGCAGAGUGAGACAACGUCAGUCGCUUUCUGCACAUCUCUUCUCCGUGACUCAAGCUCAAAUGCGCCAGGUGGCACAGGAUCACUCGUUGCUGGUACAAUCCCUCUUUCUGCUAGGCAAUCCACCUCCAUCACCACGUCUGGCGGCCAAACAGUACUCGUGCCUGGCACAUCGCCUUCCUUUUCCAAUGCUCCAGACUCGUUUGCACCACUGCCAGCGGUACGGCACUGGCCGCUACGUCGGCCUUAAACAGGGCGACAGAGGUCAAACUGCCCAAAACGACGCUGCCGCUCCGGCCGUUGGAACUCACCGAGUUCAAUCAAGGCGACGGGCACACGCUCGUGGCUCUCGAACCACUUACCGCCGCACAGUUCAAGUCGUCAGAGACAACGCGUUUGCUGGCAACAGCUUCGGCCGAGAUGGAGCCAUCCACGGGCCGACCGCUCGCGAAGGACAGACCGUUGGAGCCAGCAACACUCGAGGGAGUCUGCCGUCAUGCCCUCUGUCUGAGGGUGACAUGCCGAUCUUCCUGUCGUUCCCUUUUCGACAGGUCCCUGGCAGCGUGGGCCACGUCUUUAGGAUAAGGGCAGGCUGGGAGGCUUACCAAAGGAUCCAAAACCAGCUGCCGUGAUAGCAGCACCUGGUUCGUGCCUCCUUUGACCUUCAUUCCCUCUCUUCUUUGACGCUUCUCUCUCUUACGGGCCUACUUCCUCGCAUUCUUCCUCACCAUACAUCAGCGUCAUUUACCCUCACCUUCAAUAUUGCCAUUUUUGAUUCGUCAUGCAGAAGCAGAAAUUCAGUGGAGUCCCCGCAAUGUUCAUACCACAGUCAGCUCAGCAUCCUCUGGACUUCCUCCUGCCACCAAGCUCACCUCCUCACCCAAGAUCUGCCCUCCUCUUUAGCC